AAGGCUGGAUAUUUGAUCGAGUGGAUUGUAAUGGAGCAAUUAAUAAUUUUCCAUUACGAUCAAUAUCAGCGUUGGUGCUGUCAACUACGGUCUCGUGUAAGGUUUGCAGCCAAUCACGUCACCGUUAAAUCUUGCCGUUACCAGGGUUACCGUUAAAUCUUGCCGUUACCAGGGUUGCCGUUAAAUCUUGCCGUUACCAGAGUUACCGUUAAAUCUUGCCGUUACCGUUAAAUCUUGCCGUUACCAGAGUUACCGUUAAAUCUUGCCGUUACCGUUAAAUCUUGCCGUUACCAGGGUUACCGUUAAAUCUUGCCGUUACCGUUAAAUCUUGCCGUUACCAGGGUUACCGUUAAAUCUUGCCGUUACCAGAGUUACCGUUAAAUCUUGCCGUUACCAGGGUUACCGUUAAGUUUUGACUCUGGCAAGGCAGCGUUAACGGUAGAUACCGCCUGUAGUUUGCGGGACGUGGGGAGGAUAUUUACGUGAUAUUUGUAAGGGUGGGGUGACCUGUACCUGAAGAGGUAUUUCACCACCCGACAGAAGCCCAUAUUUACUCCCCAAAGAAACGGCGUUCUGUGUAGCGGAAGGGUUCAGUUAUUUCUGGAAUUGGUGCAUUAUGACAGCAGAAAAUAGGCCGUGGUUUUCCACACAGUCCGUCAGUUGGAAAGCCUACAACAACCAUCAUGCACUGCGCUCCUCCCUCCCGAGGCCCCGCCCCCAAUCCGGGGCCUGGGAGCUUGUUUACAAACGGCAGCCGGCCCUGACAGCGUCGGGACUGUAAGAGAGAAGAGCAACGGACCGAAGCUUCCGUUCAAGCUUUAGUGGAGUAAUCUCGUCGUUAUGGUGUCCACCUGUACGGUGCCGGGGUGUAAGGACCACAGGAGGAAGAGACACGCCGGAAUCAGCUAUUACCGUUUUCCAGUGAAGGAUGCUGAGCGUUGCAAACUGUGGCUCCGAGCCAUCAAAAACGCAAAAUAUGCCGAAAACACACCGGUGGCCAGUCUGAGAAAUCUUCGAGUGUGCAGCUUGCAUUUCAGAAUAGAGGACUUUGAACGCCAUUUGGUCCCUUCCAUAACAGGAGAGGAGGGGGGGAAAAGACUGAGAAACACUGCUGUCCCAACGCUAAACUUGGAAAUAAGGGAUGAUGAACAGCCGGGGACUUCUGCACAACCCUCGCUUGCAACAAGAAGUGAAACGGUUCCACAUGCAAUCGCGGCAGUGUCUACUGCUACAGCAGCCCUCACUACCGGCGUCUCUGCUGUCACAGUGGGGUCAAAGGACGAUGAAGAACCGUUGCCCUCUUCUGCCCGACCACCACCAACAAAAAGACCUCACAAAGAGGCUCCACACACAGUCACGGCGGCAGCUACAGCUUAUGUGGGAAUGAAGGAGCGAGCUCGUAUUGCCAUCCUUGAGCACAACGAGAACAUAGUGAAGAGGGAACAAGCCACUACCCGUGCAGUCUCGGUGGAGGCGGCCAUGACAGGUGUGGCGUCGUCGCGGGAUGAAAUGGGUGGGACCCUCCACCUCCAGUGUCCUCUCUGUGGCAGCUUCUCCAAGAGCCAUGCCCACCUGCUGAUCCACACGGCCAACGCCCACCCCGACCUGCUGGAUGAAACGGCCGUGGGUCGUCUUGGCAACGUGAUCAUCUACCAGAGCAUCGCCCAGCUUUUCCACUGUUCCCGGUGCUUUUUCACCUGUAAGGAGUUCCCUAAGCUAUACGACCACCUCAUCAGCAGGCACUGCACAAACAGGAGCCAGGAGGGGGAGGCAGAUGCGGGCGGCGAGGCUAAGACCGGCGAGGGGGGAGAGGAAGAGAAGGAGGCUUCACUCAAGCGAAAGAGGAGUAGUGACAGAGAAGAGGAAGAGGAGGAGGGUCACAAUGAAGACAACUCGGACCUUCCGCCGCUGCCCAGCAAUAAGACUGCAGAGGAGAGCGGUGUCCUGCUGUUCGACGGCUCUGGCUACCGCUGCCUGAUCUGUGGCUGGAAACACAAAUUGAAGGCCCUGGGCAUCAAUCAUGUGGUGAAAAGACAUGACAUCCCCAAAACCUACGCCACAUGGGCGCUGAAACAGGAUGCCAGCACACUCAAACCUACGCACACCGGAGGAGGUGAAGAAGAAGAGGAGAAGCCCAACCUCCUCACCCAAGAGCUGCUGAGGGAGGAGAUGGAGGCCACGGCCAAGGUGGUGCGCUACAUCAACGGCCGCUUCGUCUGCCUGACCUGCGGAUGGAAGAACAAGCUGAAAGGUUUUGCCAUCAGCCAUGUGGCACGUUGUCACAAGGUGGAGCGGCCGUAUAGCUGCUCCGAGUGCGACCGCACCUUCUUCCUGCCCAGCCAGCUCCAGCAGCAUCAGAGCUCCAAGCACCGGCCCGGCCGCUACAGUUGCCCCUUCUGCUUCUUCCGCUCGGACUUCCUGGGUGGCUUUAGAAGACACUGCAGCCGUUGCAACGCUCGUGGAGAAGAUGAGGAAGAGGAGGCUGAGGGUUAUGGAGAGGGGGAUGAAGGGGAGGAAAGUGAUGGGGAUCAUGGACAAGAAUCUAAUAAAUGUCGAUGAAAGUUGUUUGAAAUGUCAAUAAAAU